UCCUGAAUACGGGUGGGAAAGCAAAUAAACGGUACCGGUGUUAAAACGACUCUCAAUGUCGUUGUUCAGUGAAACUCAUCUGAGGUUAAAAAUGAAAAUGCGGCUCUGAUCAGAGUGCAACUGGAGCUUGUUUAAGUGUUACACUGGAUUUUUUCUCAGAGUGGAUGUUGUGUGUUUUUCCCGUGAAGAAAAGAAAGACAGCAGGAGAUUUGCAAGAAUGAAGAGACUCCCGGUCCUCGCCUUGCUCCUGUGGAUAUGUUGUGUGUUUUAUGUUGGGAUUUUCCUGUUUGUGGGCGGUUUCCUCUUGGUGCGUCUGGAGGUCAACAGGACGAGCUCCUGCGAGGACGUCUUGCCUCCGACCUCUAACACGACCUCGCCAGACUUCUGCUCCAAACACCCUCGCGUCCGCAGGGCCGUCAUCCUCAUCAUCGACGCUCUGAAAGCCGAGUUCGCUCGCUACGACCCGGGAAACGAGUCCCCCAGACCGUUUGAGAACAAGCUGCCGGUUCUGGGGGAGAUGGUGUCGUCUCGGGCGUCGCACGCCAGGCUGUACACGUUCCGAGCCGAUCCUCCAACCACCACCAUGCAGAGGAUCAAGGGCUUCACCACCGGGUCCCUGCCCACGUUUAUAGACGUGGGGAACAACUUCGCCUCCAGCGCCGUGCUGGAGGACAACCUGAUCCACCAGCUCGGUCAGGCAGGGAAGCGAGUGGUCUUCAUGGGAGACGACACCUGGGUCAGUUUGUUCCCCAGAAAGUUUCACCGCUCGCUGCCUUUCCCCUCCUUCAACGUCAAGGAUCUGCACACUGUGGACAACGGAAUCCUCCAGAACAUCUUUCCCACCUUGGAUGGAGAUGACUGGGACGUGGUCAUCGCUCACUUCCUGGGUGUGGAUCACUGCGGCCACCGCUUCGGCCCCGAUCACCCCGCCAUGGCGGAGAAGCUCACUCAGAUGGACGGAGUUAUCAGGUCAGUGAUAAAGCGUCUGCAGAACGACACUCUGUUGGUGGUGAUGGGAGAUCAUGGGAUGACUGACACCGGGGAUCACGGAGGAGAAAGCCAGAAGGAAACGGACGCUGCUCUGUUUCUCUACAGCGGCUCACCUCUGUUCCCACAUCCUGAUGCACAGCAGGUGGAGCCUGAGGUGGUGCCUCAGACUGAUUUAGUGCCUACCCUGGCCUUGCUGCUGGGAAUUCCCAUCCCCUACAGCAGCGUGGGUCAGGUGAUGCUCCCGCUUUUCCCCAGAAACAGCUCUCUGGAUGCACCUGUGGGUCUCAGCCAGGUGGAGGCGCUGUGGAUUAACGUCAAACAGGUUCAUCGGUUUUUGGAGACCUACUCCAGCAUGGCCAAAGACAUUCCAGCAGACAGUUUGUCUCAGCUGCGGGCUCACUUCUCCCAGAUCUCUUCUCAGUACAUGAGCUCGAUGCGUGAUGGAACUCCUCCUCCCCCUGAACUGGUGGCCUCCAUGCAGGAGUACCUAAGCUCCGUUAGAGAGACCUGUCGUGCCUCCUGGGCUCGCUUCAACCCUCUGAAAAUGGCAGUGGGCCUGCUGGUCCUGGGUUUUGGGUGCAUCUUGUGCUACGUUAUCUCAGAACUGUCUGUUGCGGUCCUCCAGGGCACCAUGUUGAAGACUCCAGUGCUUGCUGGGCUGAUGUUCGGAGGAGCGGUUGCUGUGGGUCAAAUAUUCACUUUGGGAUAUGUGGAAGUCUCGUGGUGUUUUGGAGCUGCUGUGUUGUUUUCCGAGGCUUUAUUCCUGUGGAGGGCUCGGAGGGUGUGUCCUCGUGGCCGACUGUCUCACUGGCGCCUUUUAACUCUGCCAUUGCUCGUGCUCCUCCUGCGCUGUGCAUCCUUGCUCUCGGACAGCUACGUGAUCUCUGAGGGACGUGUGGUCACAUUCUUACUGUUCAGCCUAGGCCUCUACGUUCCACUUCAACUCAACUGGGAUGGACUUCUGGUGCCUGCACCUUCUACUGAUACUCAGAAACCUCCCGGACUUCUUGCACCCUCGUUGCCUCCCUCGGUAGUCCGGCGUGAGAGUGGCACUUUGCUUGUUUGCAUAGGCGUCUUGGUGGCGUGCCUCUACCUUUCUUUGUCAUUCCACAGCUGCCGUGAAGAGCAGGGUGCUUGCCAGCCUUCAAUCUUCUUGACGCCACUCUCGCGGGUUCAGGAUAGUCGUCUGCGCAACUUGCACUACGUCCUGUCCCUAGCAUCGCUUUCUGCCUGGGCAUUCUUGCUACAUCGUUGGUUACGGCACUAUGGAAACCUGAACUGCACAAGUGUGGCUGUGUUUACAGCGCGCUGCCUGCUUCCUCUUGCCUCUAUCUGCAUGGGACUGCACUGGGCGGUCAGUGCAACUCCAGAGGACACCUUCAGGAACCUUGCAGAGCUGAUUAGCUUAGCGCACGUGAUUCUGCCACGUAUUGCCUUCGGUCUCCUAGGCCUUGGGAUGCUGCUUGUGUGGCUGGACCCACUUACGGUGUUUCUAAAGACAAGAGCACCUUUGAACUCUAGGGGUGCCGUCAUGCCUCCGCCAAGGUACCGUGCUAGCACUGGAAUCAGCCCUCAGGCUGAGCUGCACCAUCUUAUACCACAGUUAUAUCAGCGCAUCCGCCAAUCGCUUGACGAUGAAGGCGCCAAGGGGACUGAUCCAGAUGGACGGCCAGCAGUAGAGGCCUACGGACUGGGCACUGUCUAUUCUGCACCCCUGGUCUUGCUAUAUGGUCUGAUGGGCCUUGGGAUGCUGCUGCUACACCCUGAAGGCAUGGCAUUGGCCUUCCUGCUGCUACUGCUGCAGGCUGCAGCUCUCCUCUAUCUCCACGCCUCCUCCAGCAAUCUCUCCAGCCAGCAGAGUCAUUCCAGUGUCUUCAUUGUUCCCUGGGCUCCUGUGGUUCUGUGGUCUCUGGCUGCCUCACAGUACUUCCAUGCCACAGGUCACCUACCCACCUUCCCAUCCAUCCAGUGGGGCGCUGCGUUCGUGGGUUUCCCUCAGGGACACACGGGCACCGCACUGCCCGCCUUGCUCGUCACCCUCAACACCUUCUCCUCACACAUCCUGUUUGCCGUCAGCUGCCCGUUGCUGCUCUUCUGGCCGUUGGUGUGUGAGCUGCGUGGGUCUCGAACCAGCCGCUUGGGUGGAGGUGAAGACGGGGACGAUGUUGUCAUGGAGAUGAGGCUGAGAGAAAACCCACAACAGUUCAGUUCAGCUUUACUGCAGCUCGCAGCACGCUAUCUGUUUAUUAACGGAGCACAGGUUUUGGCAUCGGUUUGUGCUGCCGCUAUUCUCAGGAGACACCUCAUGGUGUGGAAAGUGUUUGCACCCAAGCUGAUGUUCGAGGCCAGCGGGUUCAUCGUGGGCAGCGUGUUUGUGCUUGUCGGUGUCGCUCUAGUCAUGAGGGUCGACGUGGCCGUGGCUCGCUUAUUUCAGAGACUCCUUCCAGAGAAUUCCAGGUAGUACCGCCUUCUCUGUUCCUCCUACAGUUACAUCCAUCAUCCGUCCACCUGUCCAUCACUGAUGAUACGAGACGCACACGACUGCCAGCAUGAUGGACGGAAACGGCAAUGGACGAAAACAGGCCUCCGUCUUUCAGAACUCUGGAGAAAUGGACUCCUGCUGGUAUUUUGCUCAAACACACUCUUAAUCUGAGCCAUCUGAGACACUGCUGCCUUGGUAGUUAAGGAAAGACCGAGGAGUGUAAGAAAGAUGUCUUUUUACUGCCGUACACUGGCUGGUUUACUGAAGGGCUUUUGUAGUAUAAACACACACACACACACACACACACAGCCGUACAUUUUGAGAGCUGCUAUGAUGAAAGCAAACUUCAGGAAGCAGGAUUUGUGCUAAUGCUAAGCUUGGAAUACCUUAAAUUAAAGGAAUAGUUGGUCAGUAUUCACUUUGGUUAACAUUUUCCUACUUUACCCAGAAUGCUGUUCUACCCGCUGAUAGAGGUGCUAUGGGAUUUAGCCCUCGUUUCAUCUCUACCUAAAGAGACUGAUGCGGCGGCACUUUAAUUCUUUAGUCUGUCCAGCUCUGUCUCUUCCUUUUCAAACAGGUGAGCUUUGAAAGAUUCAGCUUUUAUGCUAAUGCCGUUAUAUCUUAUGUUUUGAGAUCGUUUCAAUUUUUUUCUCCAUUUUUUUCCCCUUGCUGUGACAUCACAGUGAAACACAACUGCUACAUCAUUUAAUGUGCUUCAGGAUAGCGUUGUGCUUUAAGGCUGUUUUUUGCUAAUGAGGCAAAUAAAAAAAUCUUUACAGCACUAAGCUAAUUGAUCAUUUAGCAUAGCUCAGUGAGUUCCAGCAUAUGACAGCUGCUUUCUUUUCCUCUUUAACUUUUGGUUAAUGUUUCUGAGCUAAUCUCUUCACAAUAACAAUCUCUUCACGUCAAUCCAAUACUUUACAUAGUAUUAUUAUUGAUUAACAUCACCAAAACCAGCAUAUCUGCAUUUAGCACAGGUCAGAGGUCACUAGCUUUACCACCACAGUGAGCAAUGUCGUGAGAUUCAGUUUGUAUCGAUGUUUAUUUUUAUCAAAUUGUGCUGACAUUUAUACAGUAUUUAUGUGUGUUUUUUUUUUUUAUUUUAUUUUAUAUGUUUGUGUGGGAUUUUUUAAAAAAAAUCAAAGUUCUUGUUUUUGCAUUUGGUAUGAUGAGAUAUGAACGGUUGAGGGAAACAUGAGAUGUGUGUGUGUGUGUGUGUGUGUGUGUGGUGUGUGGGAAGGUGUGUAUGGUUUCCCCACUGUAUUUGUCUUAAUGAAAAAGAAGCAGGUUGAUUUAUAUGCUGUGAAUGAAAUGUGAAUUAAAUCUUUUUAAUUGUCCUUAAUUGUAUUAAAUUAAAUGAAAAUGAGGGAGAAGGUAAAUAAAAUUUUGUACUUUGAA